UGUCCGAUUGCAGGCGGCAGCAGCGGCGUGGAGUGGGAAGAUGGCGGUGGAUUGGUCAUGUCCGUUCAGUGUUAUGAUGGCAUCUAGAUUACACCAGUGUGUUUGAGACGGACAAUGACUGUCUCUAUUCCUCAUGACAGGUUACGGUGUUGCUCUAGUGUGUACGUCAUCUUUAUGACAAGCAUUGAUACUUUGUUCCACUACGGACAACUGGAUGGAUAACUUAUUAGCUUUGAGAAAGAGGUUAAUGAGGACUGAGAAAACCUCACAAAGCUCAAGAACAGACUUUAGCAGUGUCCGUUUAGGUGACCAGUCUGAUGACUGUUCUCAGCAGGGUUAUUCCCCUGCUUUGACCACGGAAGAUCUCUCUCAGUCUGAUCCAAUGGUUCCUGCAAUGAAUAAUCGUCAUGUGACUAUGGCUGAAAGAAUGACGCCACAGAAAUGUGUUUUCAGCAACAUAAGUCCAACCAGCAGUUUUGGAGGCAGGACAUCUCAGGUGCCAAGCACAUUUGCUAUUGAGCAAGAAAAUGAACAAUUAUGGAAAAAGCUCAGUACACUUAGAGAGGACAAUGCCCGUUUGGUGUCCCAGAAUCACAGUUUGGUACGCGAGAUUGAAAGUAUACAAGCGGAGCUGACUCAGUCAAAAGUUAAAUUUUGUCAUCUUGAACCAUCUAUUAAUGAAAAGGCACUCCAUAUUUCUCAGCUAAAUGAAGAUAUCUUGGGUUUGGAGGCAGAAGUAGAGGCUCAAGAGAAAGUUCUCAGAGUUGCAGAGGAAAAAUUAGAAGAAAGUCAAUGGGUGGUGGCUGAGAAGGAAAAACUCUUGGAAAAGUUAUCUGAUGAAUGCAAAAGAGUAAAGAAUGAACUCUACGAACAAAGUCGACGAAGAAAAAGAGCUGAACAACAAAGAAAUGAAGCGCUUUAUAGUGCUGAGGAACUUUCUGCUGCUUUCAAACAAUAUAAGGAAAAGACCACGGAAGAGCUUUUAAUGUUUCAAGCCAAUGAACAGGAAUUGCAGAGGCGUCUGGAUCAGUAUGACAAGGACAGAGUAGAGUUAUUUGAGAAAUGUACGAUAUUCGAAAAAGAGUUGGAGAGCAAGAAUGAGGAAAUGAGGAUCAUAAUGGGACAGUCUUGUGAUGUGAAGUUGGUUCAGCAUGAUCUGGAGGCUAAAAAUGCAGGCUUGUUUUCAGUUUUGUCUGACUCCAAAGAAAAGAUUAAGAUGUUAGAAAGUGAACUCACUGAUAAAGAGGCUAUUUUAAAAGAGAGUGAUGCCUUGAGGGUUGAGAAUGCAGGACUAAGAGGACUUACAACUUCCCAAAGUGAAAAAUUGCUUCAGGUAAAUAAAGAACUCGAGGUUGCCAAAUUGGAGGUGAAGAACUUGGAGUCAAUUUUACAACUGGAUCAGACACAAAGCGAAGAGAUAGAUAGUGGUACAUUUGGUAGAGGAGUUGCAAAUUUAAGCUCCUUGAAUGCCUUCUCGAACAGAAAAGAGAAUGGGAUGAAGGAUUCCAAAUUAAAUGCUGAUUCAAGUGAUUCCAUUGUUACAGAUCUCAGCAUUAAAUUAGCCAUGAAAGAUGCUGAAAUUCAAAAGUUGAAGUCAAGCCUGAUGAACAGCAAAUUCUCAACACAAGAAUGUGGUGACAUUUUGGGUAAAAGUUGUGUUUUGUUGGAUAGAGGAAGUCCAGAACUAAUGUCAAACAGAAAUAAGAAAGAUGACAGAAGGUCCAUGGAACGGCACUUAGAAGAGGAGCGAUGUAGGCCAAUAGAAGUUGAGAAGCUGCAGGCACAAUUACUAGAUGCUGAGGCUACAAUUUCAAUGUUACAGACUCAGUUGACUGAACAGAUAAAUAACUUCGAGCAGAUACAAGAGCAACUUUCGGAAAAAAGCACAUACAUUGGGAAUGUGGAAGAGGAGCUGAGGAAAACAAAAAGUCAGCUUGCCAUAAUGGAGAAACAGUUGGAGGAGAAAACCAUUGUUUGCACAACAAAUGCAGUCAAAACAAUCGAACAUGAACAAGAGAUUGCGGAAAAGAGUAAAGAAAUAAUCAAAUUGGAAAAAUUCAUAGCAGAACAACAUCAGGAAAAUAUUUUUGCAUGUGAACAUAUAAAGAAGAUUCAAACUGAACAGUAUCAAGAACUCGAGCAACAGAUUGAAAUUCUUCAAAGUCAACUGGAAGAGAAAGAGCAACAGUUGAAAAAACAGAAGCAAACAAUAUCAAAUGUACAGGAAGAGAUCAGUGCCAAGCAAAGCAGAAUUGAAUCAUUGGAAUUCCUCCUUGAGGAAGCCAAAGAGGAAAUAAAGAAACAAGAUAACAGAAAUAAUGCUGCGUUAAAAAGCUUACAAAAUCAAACCGAUGAAGAAGCUUCCAAAGUUAAGGAUUUGGAAAAUGCAUUAGCAAUUUCUAAGGAGGAACUGAAAAUUCAGUCACAACAGUUUGAAGAUAUCAGGGAACAACAAAAAAAGCAGAUAGAGAAGAAGUCUGAAGAGGUACUUUGUCUGCAGAAACAGUUAAAAAUAUCUGCAAUCAAUCUGAAGGAGAGUAAUGAGCAGAAUAUGCAACUCCAGCAGACCUUGGUACAGUAUCAACAAAUGUUGCAGCAAGGGACAGCUAGAAUUGGAGAGCUGGAAGACCACCAGGCAAUGUUAGAAAGACAGGUUUCUCAACUGGAGCAAGAAUUAUAUAAACAGAAAAUGGCCUAUACUGAUGAGCUCUCAAAAACCGAAGGAAAGCUUUUAAAGGCAUAUGAUGGCCAAGAUUCCAAACACCAGCAGGUGGUUGAACUUACCAGUGCUCUGAAGGAAAUAAAGACUGCGAUGGAUAAAUGCAAAGAUGAAACUACUGCACUGGAAAAAGAACUUCUUCAAUUGAGACGUGAUAGUGCAAACAAGGAUAUUCAGCUUAACCAGCUGGAAAUGACUUUGCGUAAUACACAGAUCGAAUUGGACAAGAAGUCUGACCAAGUGCUUGAUCUGGAAGAAAAUCUUCACAAGAUUGAGACAGACCGAAGAAAUGCUUUGCAGGAAAAUCAGAAGAUAGAAGCACAGUUGAGGAAUGCACACAGUGAAUUACAUGACACUUUAAAUCAGCUGAAAGAGCUACGAGAUGUCCUUCAAACAGCUCAGAAUAACAUGGAGGAUAAAAAGAAUGUUAUUGAAGAGCUCACACGUGAAAUUCGGCAAUACAAAAAUGAAUUACAGGACAGAAAUGUGAAAAUCAUUGAGAUGGACCAGGCACUCAAGGACAGGCAAUGGGAGCUCCAACAGAGAGCAGCUCAGCUCACACAAUUGGAUAUGAAUGUUCAUGAGCACAAGACAGAGAUGGAGCAGAAAAUGAUCUGUUUACAAAGUUCUUUGGAGAAAUCUGAGUUGAAUGUUAAGGAGCAUACUAAACAGGUGGAGACUUUGGAUGGAAAACUACAGCUUAUACAAGAAGAGUUGCGUGAAAAAGACUUUAAACUACUACAAAAGGAGCAACAAAUAAAUCAGCUGAAAAGUGAAGUUGAAGGAAAGGAUGUGCAGAUUGAUAAAUAUGAGCAGAUGCUGAAAGAUAAGGAUCAGUGCAUUGUGAAACAGCAAAAGGAUGUAUUUGAUGAAAGCCAACAAGUACGGAUAGUCCAUGAGCAAAUGCAGCGCUGUCACCUGGAACUGAGGGAGUGUCAGCAACACCUAGCACAGACAAAAAGAGAGGUAGAACGUGUCUCUGUUGAGCUGGACGAAACUAUUAGACUGUCUCAAGAAAAGGAAGCCUGUGCUGCUCAUCUUGCAGCAGAACUGGGAGCUGCUCAAGCUCGGGAGACCCAACUAGAAAACAGGAUGCAGGCAGAGACAAAGAAGUUAAAAGAAUUUAUUAAACAUUUGAAUAAUACUCAUCAGAGAGAAAUCUCUAUCCUUAGAGAACGAAAUGCACACUCUUUACCAACUAUUAUAGAGACUUCUGAAAUCCAAAAAUCAAGUGACCAACUGCUGCAAUUGAACCAGGAUCUAGAAAAGGCUCAGGAAUGUAUUCUUCAUCUGGAGUCAGAACUUAAGAAUCAAAAGGAGGUGAUAAAUGCUGCGGAAGAAAGCCUCAUCAUUAAGGAAUCGGAAAUAGCAAGACUCCAAGUCAAAAUUUCUGGAUUUGAAAGAGCUAUGAGUAAACAGCAGCUGCAAUCUCCCACAUUAGAGGCUCAAAAUGAAUCCAAUAAUAGAAAAGACUAUACAUCACAACUGAAGAGUUUUUACCCUCUGACCAGAAACAUGAACAGACCUUUCAGUGCUCAUGAUACAUAUGGCACUGAUAUUGGUUCAGCAUUACAGUCCCUGAAUUACUCUAACAGGAUUCGUGAAACACUUGAGCAGUCUUUUAUUGAGGAGAGUAUCAGUUUCGAUGAUACAAUGGAUGCGUCUUGUGCAGGGAAGUCAGAGAACACAACUUUAUUCAGUCAGUCUGCCAAUUCAGAAGCUGAAGAAAAUUUAGAGCUCACUAAUCUGAUUAGUAAUAGUAACAUGGAUACUCUAAGUGAAAUGUUGAAUCAACUAAUUGCCAUGGAACAAACUAGUACUAAAUUGGACUCUCCAGUUAACAAGUCAUCAGGCUUAUCUAAUGAGCAGAUUACAUCAAAACCGGAGGAUUGUUCAACAGGAAUGUACAGAAUUCAAGAUCAGGACAGUGCCCAUUGUAACCUUACAGAGGCUGAUUUAAAUGUGCAAAGUCAUAUGCCUGUGCCAUUGAAAUAAUCCCAGAAAGCCAUUUUCUUCAUCCUCAGUCAUGACUCGUGCUCAAUAUUCCUACUGAAUACACUUCAGAGAAGACUACUGGAUGUCUUAAUGACUUAUAUAUCCAGUUCAUGAAAUUUUAUGAAGUGAAAACAGUUUGGAAACUUCAAAGGUUCAAGGAUGCUUAAUUAAUUUAUUUUGUGGACCAUUUGCAUGUAGCUGUCACUUUUUGGUUUAUCUUCAAUGAUCUGUUGUAUUAUGACUGAACUUUCUCAACAAAAGCAGUCACACGAAUAACAUCAACUAAAGGAUUAAGAUAAAGUUUGGAAGAGCGAUCAGUAAGCUUACUAUCCAGUAAUAUUAGUAUGAAGUAUGCAGAUGUGAUAGUAAAGCAGUGACGUGAUCUUUAUUCCAAAAGAAGCUUUGAAAAUAAAGAUUGCCUAAAUUCAUAUUGUUUUGCUGGUAAUUGAUGUAAGUGGGUGUUGAAAAUUUCAUUUUUUUAAAUGUUAAUAAACAUUUUGUUUUUAGAGAAGUGAAACAAAUGUAUUUCAUUGAAAUAUUUUUUCUAUGUAAAAUAAAUGCUCCUUUCUGUAUUGCUAUGCUUAUUUUCAUCCUUUACAAAAAUGCUAGGCUGGUGUAGACUGCCAUGUUGUCCAUGAAUGUUUGAGCUCCUACUAAAUUUAAUUCAGUCGGAGGGGGUGAGUCUCUUUAACAGCUGUAAUCUUUGGAGUGAAGUUUGAAUGGGAAUUCCAGGAUUUUGGCCCAAUGACAAUGAUGAAGUGGUGAUAUAUGUCCAAGUCUGGAUGUUGAUUGGUCUGGAAGGGGAAUUCCAGGUGUUGUUUCCAUUCAUCUGCUGACCUUGUCCUUCCAGGUGGUAAAGGUCGCAGCUUUGGAAGGUGCUGUCACAGAAGCAUUGAUGAAUUAUUGUAGUGUAUCAUGUAGAUGGUCACAUUUGUGGCACUGUGUGCCACUGUAGAAAAAGUCAAUGUUUAAGAUAGUGGAUGGGAUGCCAAACAAGUGGGCUGUUUUGCUUUGGGUAGUAUCAAGCUUCUUGAGUGUUGCUGAAAUUGCACUUCUCCCGGCAAGUGGAGUGUAUUCUAUCACAUUCCUGACUUGUACCUUGCAGAUAAUCAACAGGAUUUGGGGGAGUCUGGAGCUGAGUUAUUCACUGCAGAAUUCUGAGCCUCUGACACAUCCACUUCCUGGUUACUGGUUUUCCCCACAAUGUUGAUAGUGGAGUAUUUAUCACUGGUAAUGAUGAUCAUACUGUGGGGCAGUGGUGAUAUAAAAACAAAUAAGUAAAAUGAAAAUGGAGCAAGGAAUAUGUUCCAGCUAAUUUUUGUUCAGCUUAGAGAUUUCUCAAUUUCAAGCACUCAAUCAGUUGUCACUAAGAAGUAGAGAACGUAAGGGAGUCAGUGCUCACUUUGUGUCAGUAAUUCAAGGGGAGCAUGCUGCACAUCAGAUUAUUUCCGUUUUGCUUAAUAUUUCCUCAUUUUGUUUUCAGCUUCUCUGAUUAGGAAGACAGCUUUAAGAUCUAUAUACGAUCAUGUCCAUGUCAUGGGAACUGUUCCUACAUAAGGAUGAUAAUGCUUCAUUUGUGAUU